AUGGCCGUUCAGGAAACUGCCCUCAGGAUGCACGCCGGAAUCAGUGUUGUUCUGUCGUUGGGAUUGUUCUUGUGCCUGGCUACUGCACUCCCGACACGUGACCAGAUUUUGGAACUCUAUCAUCGAGCUCCCCAGCACAUAAAAGAUGCCUUGGCUAGACAUGGUAUACACGCACAUAACUUGCCGAGUCCAGCAUCGCUCGCGAACCUUCAUUCCUCGUCGUCCCUCAUCUCAAGCCAUCCAGGACUAGCAAAUCGAUUGAACUUGCACGCAUUGGCGUCCCGAGCUCAGGCCAUCUUGAAGCGACCUCCGAGUCAGUUGCCUUUCCCCAUCCCGACUUUCAACAAAAACUCCGCACAGUUCCAACGUCGCAGUGGUUUAGUGUUACCGUUCAGCGCUAGCUCGGGGAAAAAUGAGCAGAAAGAAACUCCGCAACCAACGUUCUCUGGACCUGCUCCACAAAUCGUGACCGUACCGCCGAUGAUCGAAGGACUUCAGCAACAAAAUACACAUAUCAAACCUGUGAGCAGUAUCAUUAACUUCGGCCCGGCACCGGCGUCUUCCUCAUCGUCUGCCUCCGAUGGAAUCAUCACCGGCCGCCCGAUGCGGGAGGGCCAACUUCCCGUUAAGCCCCAAACGACGUCUCCUUCUGCUAUUGGUGCCUCUUCCCCUCCUUCGUCUUCAGCUUCUUCGUCAUCGGCUUCUCAGAAUUUGCGAAAACCGAACCGACGAGAAGAACCGGUGGUGAGCGCUAGGAGCUUUAGCGAUUCCCUUGACAGCGGCGACAACCCUUUAUCCCGCCCGUUCUCGUUGCCAUUGAACGUCCGCAACCCGAAGUAUGAGUACGGCGGCUUCGUUCCCAUUUCUUCUUCGCCGUCGUCGUCGUUGACUUCUUCAUCGAGCUCUGGCUUCGCAAAAGGAGGUAGCCGAGGAGUGGGAAGCGCUGGGGGCGGCAGCAACAUUAUCACUUCACCCCUAUCAACAGAGAAGCAUGGCCUAUCUCAUCGGACAUACGCAAACGGAUUCAUGAUUGACGACGAACCCAUCACAGCCAACUCAGCCGCCAUCGGCGGCCGUUCACGAGACACUGGCAUCACGGCGUCCGACGCUGUUGUCCCCGAAGCUGCUACGUAUAAUCUGAUCAAAAAAGCGACCGCUCUCGUUGAAGAUUGCCAACUAAAAAAACAAGACUUUUGCAUUAUGGACGAUGAGACGUAUCCAAAGGUCGAAAUCGAACAUUUUCCGGCUGAAUGCACCGCCAUCGUGAACGCAAUGUACGUGAAGAUACCGCAGAGUCUGAUACAGAGCUCGGAUCGAAGUCUCUGCGAAUCGGAUCGGAAGCUGAAAAGGCUCGCUGUCGCAAGAGAUAUCCACGGUCAAUGGGCUAUCAUUGUGCAGUCGAGCAAGUGGUCACAAAAAGCCCAUCUCAACGUGUGCAGAAACGAAGGCAGACCGUGUCAGCGAUUGGGAGGAUGCAGUGUGAAGACGAAAUGCGUGCAGAAGUACGCUCCGCAAAUGCUCAUCGCAUUAGAUUCACUCAAUCCGGACGCGUGUCCUUCACUGAGAGCUUUCAACCUCCCGUCGGGCUGCGAAUGCUACAGCGCGGAGCCAUACUAG